UCCCGUACGCCGUACACAAAGGCACAACCCGACUGACUGCUGAAUAUUUAAGUUUCAUCUCAUUCCUUAAAGAUGGCCUGGUCUCUUCUGGUGGGUUAUGUGUUUUUGUCGUCGCUGCUGGUAAUCUGCAGGUCCACUACGUGUCCGUGUGAGAGACCGGAGCUGUGCCAGCAAAUCCGAGAGGAACGAGACUUCGAGGUGUUUGUGUUUGACGUGGGUGGAAAGACAUGGAAAUCAUACAACUGGAGCAUGGUGACGACAGUGGCAACCUUUGGAAAAUAUGAUGCUGAGCUCAUGUGUUACGCUCACUCCAAAGGUGCACGAGUAGUCCAAAAAGGUGACGUUCGCCUCGCUUCUAUUGUGGACCAAGACAACAGGACAGCAUGGAUAACGGACAAGGUCAGCUUGGCCAAGAGUCAGUUCAUGGAUGGGAUAAAUAUUGACAUCGAACAGGCAGUGGAAGAAGGCUCGCCGGAGUACCAUGCAUUAACCGCGCUGGUCAAAGAAACUACAGAGGCCUUCCACAGGGAGAUACCAGGUUCUCAGGUCUCAUUUGAUGUUGCCUGGUCACCCAAAUGUAUCGACAAGCGGUGCUAUGACUACGUUGCCAUCGCCGAAUCCUGCGACCUGCUGUUUGUGAUGUCCUAUGAUGAGCAGAGUCAGAUCCUGGGGGACUGCAUUGCCAUGGCAAAUGCUCCUGUCCUUCAAACACUAAACGCUUAUGACCUGUAUUUGGAUCUGAACAUUGAUCCAAAGAAGCUGGUGAUGGGAGUUCCAUGGUACGGCUAUGACUACCCAUGUGUCAACCUUUCCCAGGAGGGAAUAUGUUCUAUAGCCAAAGUUCCUUUCCGUGGAGCCCCUUGCAGUGAUGCAGCAGGGAAACAAAAAACAUACAAGUGGAUCAUGAAGCAGGUCAACAGCUCCUUAUCUGGCAGGCUCUGGGAUGACAAGCAGCAGGCUCCUUACUUUAAUUACAAGGACCAGAAAGGACAGAUUCAUCAGGUCUGGUACGACGACCCACAUAGUAUUUGCCUUAAGGCGGCCACUGUGAAAUCUAAAGGCUUGAUGGGCAUUGGCAUGUGGAACGGUAACAUCUUGGACUACAGCGAUGAGCCAGUCGCCAGGGAACAGACCUCACGGAUGUGGAAUGCCCUGUUAGGAUGCUAGCUGGGAUACGCUCAACACCGCUGCAGAAAUUUACACCAGCACUGAGCCCACGUUUGCCGCUAAGCCAAUAUAUGUCUUUGUAGCAGUAACAGGGUGUGGCCUUCCUCUGACCAGGGAUGCAUACUUGCACUUCAGUUUAUUGGGGAUUUUACUGGUGUUGUCUUUGAAUGUAGCUACAGCUCAGACAUUCCUCUGUGCCAACUGAAACAACUGUGAUUCUCCUAAAAAGGCGGCCGCUCUUCUUAAUGUGACACAUAGUAUUUGUGAUUGAGCUUGCUGAGAUUUGUGCACUAUGUUUUUCUUUAAUAAAAUAUUUUCUUUUUCUCUAAAAUCA